GGAAUAGGAAUAGGAUAGAUAAGGAUAAGAAUGAAAUGGAAUAAGAAAGGAACAGUAAUAGAAUGGAAUAGAAAGGAAUAGGAAUAGGAAUAGAAUGGAAUAGAAAGGAAUAGGAAUAGGAAUAGAAUAGAAUAGAAUAGAAUAGAAUAGAAUAGAAUAGAAUAGAAUAGAAUAGAAAUAAGAAUUUGUAAUAGAAAUAAUAGAAACAGAAAUAGAGCUGGAAGGGACCUUGGAGAUCUUCUAGUCCAGCCCCCUGCUCAAGCAGGAGAAUCUAUACAAUCUCAGGCAAGUGACUGUCCAGUCUCUUCUUAAAAACCUCCGGUGAUUGAGCACCCACGAUAUCUGGAGGCAAGCUGUUCCACUGGUUAAUGGUCCUCAGUGUUAGGAAUUUUUUCCUUAAUUCCAAAUUGCUUCUCUCUUUUGAUCAGUUUCCAACCAUUAUUUCUUGCCUUGCCUUCCGGUGCUUUGGAGAAUAAUUUGACCCCCCUCGUCUUUGUGGCAGCGCAUCAAAUACUAAAAUACUGCUAUCACGUCACCCCUAAAUACUGCUACUAUGUCACCCCCUUUGUCGAAAAUGGUACAGGGUCUCCUGCUUGAGCAGGGGGUUGGACUAGAAGACCUCCAAGGUCCCUUCCAAUUCUGCUAUUCUGUUUGAUUCAUCUUAACUCCACUGCUUUCCUCAUCCUGCCCGAUCCCUUAGUCCUUGUGUGUUAAGUCUCCGGUUGUACAGCAAAGGAUGCGGUGGUGGAUGUUACCGUUCGUCUUCCUUACCUUCUCUAGGAAUGUUUGGGAAUAAACGCGGGGUAAGGAAUUAAAGAAACUUAAUCCCCUUCAUAAAGGAAAUAGUUUAGAAGAUUUAAGAUGCACAAAUCCCAGGCAUCCAAACUCAUGCCUUGUGGUUUAGCAUCCCCCUCCCCAGUUUAGUGAAUCCAGUCAUUUCCCCCACUAUAAUUAAAAAUUAUUAAAAACACACUUGACUCCGAAAUGUGCUCGACUGGGAACUUCUGGGGAGCAACAUGGAAACAGCAAUUAAUUAGGUCUCAGAAACUCAUAAACCCAUCUGAACACUGUAGGAUAGAACUUUGGCAUUUUCUCCCGCGUAAAAUUGGAAGUGUCUUGGCGACGUUUCGACGAAGUCUCAUUCGUCAUCUUCAGGCUUCAGCUUCGUGCUUCUGUGUUGAUUUUUGAAAUACAAUCAUGAUUGCCAUUUUGACUUCAGAUUGUUGAAUUUAAGGAAGACUAGAGAGGCCUACAACAAAAUGUGUAUGGCUCCUGGCAGGGCCCUUGGGAUAAGAGAAAAUAAGUUUAUUCUAUUUAUUUAUUUAUUUUGUCAAACACAACAAUAUAUAUAAGUAUAAGCAUGAAAUGACCACACAAAGUGAAUACAACCAAAGGGAACAUUAGGACAGGGACGGUAGGCACGCUGGUGCUCUUAUGCACGCCCCUUACAGACCUCUUAGGAAUGGGGUGAGGUCAACAGUAGACAGUCUUAGGUUAAAGUUUUGGGGAUUUUGGGAUGAGACCACGGAGUCAGGUAGUGCAUUCCAGGCAUUAACAACUCUGUUACUGAAGUUCCCUUGUACACAGGCUUAGCUUUAAAGCAGGGAUGUUCAACUCAAGGCCCAGGGGCCGGAUUCAGCCCAUGGGGGGCUUAGAUCUGGCCUGUGGGCCCGCCCUGGAAACAACAAAGGGCUGGGCCACAGUGCUUCUCCCAGCGAAAACGGAGCAUGCAGGGGGCCCCCCAGCUCUGUUUUCACCGGCAGAGGGUUGUAGGAGGCCGUCGCAGCCGAAAACGGAGCUCAGGAGUCCAUUUUGCCUGGAAGAGCGCUCGGACCACCGCAGGCGCCCUUGAUACGAGAGAUGUUGCGUUAGCCCUGCCCACCCUGGCCACACUCACCCCAGCCCCCUGAGAUCAAACACAACCCUGAUGCGGCCCUUCAUGAAAUCGAGUUUGACACCCCUACCUUAAAGCAAUGGUUACAACAAGCUAGGUUUAUGCCACCUUUUGAAGAAAAAGAUGCUUCGGAACGCAAAUGCGGCCUGCUGUUCUUUAAAGCAUUUCAGGGUUGGUUUCACAUGGUUUCAAGAAACGAUAAGAGUUGUUUUUGAGAUUUGCAGAUAACCCAGGCGUCCUUUGAAGCAGUUUUCAGAUUUGAGUUUUGAAGCACUGCAGACGUUCUCCUACGUGUAACAUGCUAAGCUGUUUUGAACCAUCUGAAAUAAUGGUUUACAGAAGUAGCCCAAGUCUACGAGUAUGCACCACAACAUGGAGCUGAGCGUAGUAGCUGCCUUCCUAUGGAUUGCCGGAGAGAAACUUCAUGAAGGCUACCGAUCCCUCUCUCAUCUCUUGUACAACGAGGUUCAUGUCUAGCCCAGUGUUUCUGAACUUUGGCGAUGUGAAGAUGUGCGUGAAUGUCAACUCCCAGAAUUCCCCAAUCACCAUGAUCUGGUAGAAGCGUCCUACAAGAUCACAAACCCUGACAACGACCAAGAAACUCCAAUUAUUACAAGAUAGGUGUGAAGUGCUCCAUAUUCAGACAGGACCGUUGAAAUCAUGAUUACAUUUCCAAGGUAAGCGGGGCUGCAGCCUAAUUCCAUUGUAUCGCCAACAGCGAUAUUGGAAUCCUUUCUCCGCGACAGCUCAUUUAUUUUACCCCCAGCUACUUUAUUAUAGGUUUAUUCUUCAAUGGAAGAUUGAAGAUUUCAUGAUCGCUUUGGAUUUAUUACAGCGCAGAGGAAGAAACAAGAUAACAGAUUAUAUCACAAGGAUGAGGGAGAGUGAAACUCAACACUCAGAUUCAGACCCUCGUAAUUUAGCCAGCCAUAGUAAAAAGGAAAGUCUUGAAAAUGUGGAGGAUGGUGAAAGCAAUAAAACUGGUGAUACAAAGAAAAAUAACACAGUGGACAAGGAAGAUAAGGAUGAAAAGAAAAAUGAAAGUAAACCCGAGAAGAAAAAUAAUGAGGAGGGGAAGAAAGAAAUAUUUGUCAUUGAUCCCUCUGGAAACCUUUAUUACAACUGGCUGUUCUGCAUCACGUUGCCUGUCAUGUACAAUUGGACGAUGAUCAUCGCUAGGGCCUGUUUUGAUGAACUUAAUCACAACAAUGUAGAGAUGUGGUUGAUUUUGGACUAUUCUGCAGAUUUUAUUUAUAUCGCUGACAUGUUUGUGCGGACGAGGACAGGUUACUUGGAGCAAGGCUUGUUGGUGAAAGAAAAAUCUAAGCUCAAGAAAAGAUACAAGCAAACAUCACAAUUCAAAUUAGAUCUGCUGUCCAUCCUGCCAACUGAUCUACUUUACUUCAAAUUUGGACUGAAUUACCCAGAAAUAAGAAUAAACAGAUUACUUAGAAUAUCACGUAUGUUUGAAUUCUUCCAGCAAACAGAAAUGAGGACAAGUUAUCCAAAUAUCUUCAGAAUCUCUAAUCUUGUCAUGUACAUUAUAAUUAUCAUCCACUGGAAUGCUUGUAUAUAUUUCUCCCUCUCAAAAGCGAUUGGCUUUGGAACAGACACGUGGGUCUAUCCCAAUGUUACUCAUCCUGAAUUUGGCAGGCUCGCUAGAAAAUAUGUGUAUAGCCUUUACUGGUCAACACUGACUCUGACAACUAUUGGUGAAACACCCCCUCCUGUUCAAGAUAUUGAGUAUUGGUUUGUUGUUGUUGAUUUCUUGGUCGGUGUAUUAAUCUUCGCUACUAUUGUUGGUAAUAUUGGAUCUAUGAUCUCUAAUAUGAAUGCUGCCCGGGAGGAAUUUCAAGCAAAGAUUGAUGCUAUCAAGCAGUAUAUGCAGUUUCGUAAUGUAAGCAAAGAUUUAGAAAAACGAGUUAUCAAGUGGUUUGAUUAUUUGUGGACAAAUAAAAAGGCCGUAGACGAAAGAGAAGUCUUGAAAUUUCUUCCAGAUAAAUUACGAGCAGAAAUUGCUAUUAAUGUUCAUUUGGAGACAUUGAAAAAAGUCCAGAUUUUUUCAGACUGUGAAGCCGGUCUGUUAGUUGAGCUGGUCUUGAAACUACAACCUCAGGUAUAUAGUCCAGGCGAUUAUAUCUGCCGGAAAGGUGAUAUUGGGCGAGAAAUGUAUAUUAUCAAAGAAGGAAAACUGGCAGUGGUCGCUGAUGAUGGAAUAACUCAGUUUGUGGUUCUUAGCGAUGGCAGCUAUUUUGGAGAGAUUAGCAUCCUUAACAUUAAAGGUAGCAAAGCUGGAAAUAGGAGGACAGCUAAUAUUAGAAGUCUUGGCUAUUCAGAUUUGUUUUGUCUGCGUAAAGAUGACCUGAUGGAAGCUUUAAUAGAAUAUCCAGAGGCAAAAACUUUGUUGGAAGAGAAGGGAAAGCAAAUCCUUAUGAAAGAUGGGCUACUGGAUUUAGAGGAAGUAAACAUGAAAAGAGACACGGAAAACCUGGAGCAAAAGGUUAGCCAAAUAGAAGGAAUGCUAGAUAAUUUACAAACAAGAUUUGCUAAACUUUUAGCUGAAUAUAGUGCUGCACAGCAGAAAUUAAAAAUAAGGUUAAGGCAAGUGGAGACCAUUGUGAAACCAUCCCUAGAGUAUGAUUUGUCAGACUUAGAAGAACUGCAGAGAACAUCUGGUCAUUAAGGAUUAAAAAAAACAACCUUUCAGGUGUUCAUACUUGAGGAUAAAUUAAUAAAUGAUGGGCAGAGUUAUGUUAGAUAUUCCAUUAGAUAUGGGAAACUAUUCAUAACAACUAGGUUUUUUUCUGGGCAGUGUUUUUUUUUAAAUAAACCGUGUUUAACAGACAUGUUUAAGAACUUGAAUUUUGUCCCUGGAAAAAAUACAAGAAUGCCAUCAUGUACUGUGGUUCUACAAAUCAGAAUUUCAUGAUUCAAUUUGGAAACGUGGAAGCUCAAGGAAUUAAUGAAGGAUCAGUAGGUUUCAUUCUAAAUUUCGUCUGUAUAAUCCAUCUAGAAAGAAACAUUUUUUCCAGCUACUCAGUAGCUAUUGUGGGUUUACAAUUGAUGGACAUUGUUAAACUAUUUGAUCGUAUUAGAUUCAGGACAACUUUGUUACCAUAACUAUCCAGAAAACUCAAAGUAGUUUGUGUAAUGUGGAAAUAUUUCUACAAGAAAAUCCUGCACUGCUAGUAAUAUAAUAAUGAUGUUUUUGCAGAAUUGUGCUAGUUGUAUUGACUGUAAGCUAUUCAUCAUAAGUUGAAGUAUUUGUUGGAUAAACAGACACAAUGUUUACUAUGAGAGUUAUUCUUUUUGCUUAUCAGUGUUUUCAGCAAAGUAUAAUUUCUGUAGCAACCAGAUGAUACAAGUGAAAUGAAGCUAGCCCUGCUGUCAAAUUAUAAGACUCAGUAAUGGAGAAGAUACCUAAUUGAGGAAUCCAAAAUGAAGAUGUAAGACAGUGAUAGUCAACCUGGUCCCUACCGCCCGCUAGUGGGCAUUCCAGCUUU